CCUACACGCGGGCGAGGCUCACCAUUUCCACAGAACCAUGUGCACCUUAGAGAAGCGGGGAAACCUCUUCUUCCUCACUCUCACCGGCGACGACGACCACCGUCUAAGUCCGGCCGUCAUCGAUUCCCUCAUCUCCUCUCUCUCUAAGGUCGCCUCCCAAGCCACCCGCGGUUCCGCCCUCAUCACCACCGCACAGGGCAACAGGUUCUUCUCCAACGGCUUCGAUCUCGCCAAAAUUCGCCCACUUUAAAAGCCAAAUUCUCAAAACCCCAUUUCGUCCCCUACAGUUUCCCUCCUAUUUUUCUCACUUUCUCUCUUGCUUUCUCUCUCUGCUUCUCUGAAAACCAGAGAAGCUCAUGCUCUCAAACCUCUAGUUUCAUAUAUGAAUCCAAUAUUUCUCUAACCUUUUUCUUUUGUGGGUUUUGUAUUGCAUUUGAUUUUAACAAUGGAAAUCGAUCACUUAGAAAAGGAACAAAGUUUCAAGAAGGUCCAGUCAUUUUUCGGUCCCGAAAUGCCAGAAUCGGAUAUUCUAGGGGCGCUAUCGAAAUCCCACUACGACCCAGAUGCGGCAAUCAAGUUCAUCCUCAACAACGCUAAGCCUAUAACCAUUAUGCUCACUGGUGCUCGGAUUUCAACCCAGUAAAGCAAGAGGUCUCGGAUGAACCAGAAGAGAGCCAUUUGCUUCAUAGGUCGAAAUCGAUAAGCCCAAAGUCAAGAAUGGAGUUAAGAAUGGCGGAAUACGAUGAGUUUGUUCGGGCUACGAGUGUGAAAGUAAUGUCAACGGAAGAAUAUCUCGAUACCCAGAUGAAAGAAGAACUUGUUAGAGGAUCGGAGAAAGCUGAAUCGCUUUGUGGGUUGAGUGAAAAGAUUCGGGUCAAGGAGGAAAAAGAUAUCGAUAUCGAGAAUGACAAUGAGCAUCGGAAUAAAAUAGGGGUCUCAAAGAGUCAAGCUGGUCCUGAAGAUGAAUGUUUAAAUGCCCAGGUGAAACAACAGGAAUCAAUGGUGCCGGUGUCUGUGAAAGCUGAGCCAGUUAGCGAGUACAAACCCACUGUGGCAGUUAAAGAAGAACAUGCUUCGGGGGUUGAGCAAAAGGUCUCUGUGAAGGAAGAAACGGUUAGUAAUCAGCCGUGGCCAUUUGAUGAUUAUAAAGCGAUGCGUGAGAAGUUUAUGAAGAACAGAGAACAAACAGGCUCGAAGAAACCCUGUGAUGUGAAGAAGGAAAGAGCUGAAGAUCGAGUUUUCAAUUCUCUUCCAGUGGAGGAUGGGGAUUUCCCUGAAGAGCCUGGUUGGUUUUUGGUGGGAAGAACAGUCGUCACUGCACUUUCAACAAGCAGAGGCAGGAAAUUGGUGGACAAUGAGAUUGUCUAUUUUUCUUAUCCUACCUCAAUUGGGAUAUUCAACUCCAUUGUUCGCUUCUCAACAAAGCGAUUCGGAGAGAUUCUCGGAAUUCUUGAUUUUGAUCGGGAUGCUUGGAUACACAGGGAGGACUGGAUUCGCAAUGGAAUUCACAUUGGAAGUGGCAGAAAGUACAAGGACUCUUAUUUUCUUCAAGCACAGGCAAUGUGUUACAUUAAUUCAUAGAACUGUGACAGUCUCCCCAUGCAUAACCAGAACUAAAGGUGUAAUGGCAAGCCCACGCUUGGGUUGGAGUUUAUUGUUUUCUUUCUUCUUCCUUAUUUCUUUUCCCUUUCUUUUGUACAGCUUUCAACAACAGGGUCCUAAAAUUUUCAUAUUGCUAGGAGUCAAAUUCUCACAGCACGGCUUAUCUAAUUUUGGGAAAAUACGAUAGAAGUUAUGAAUGUAAUUUGGUAGUUGUAUUCUUUUGUAGCUUUCUUUCUGUGUAAAAUUUAUUUCAUUCCCUAACUUAUUGCUGUGACUAGGUAAGGCCUUAUUCAGAUGCCAUUUUAUCUUUGUAAUGAAGCUUUUAAGUAUUUUUCAAGCCUAUUUAUAACCAAACAAAGGUCAAAUUCCAUUCUA